AUGUAACAUACCAAUAAUAAAGCAAAAUAAUCCUACUCUUUCUCUAAAGCUAAACGUUUUUCAUAAACAAACACAAAGUAAUCAUAUGUAUUAACUAGAAUAGUUAUACUACAGCUAACUACAAUAUUAAUAGAAGUAUAAAUAAUAGAGCUCAUUCAAUUGGUAAAGGUCCUCGAUCAGAUUUUACUAAAUCUUUUAGUAAUGCCCCUCCUCCAACCUAAUAUAUUAUCUCUAGUCUCUUUGAUAUUCCUAAAGAGAAAGGAAUAACAUUCGGGAUUUCAAGAGAAGUUUUAAAAAUUAAUUAUUAUUUCAUAUUAGAAAACCAAAGAAUUAGGAUAUAUUACUUAAGGAAUUUAAAGAAAUCCAGGAGUUGGCAAUUAUAAUUGUUCCUAUUAUUUUGACCCAAAAAUAUAAUAUACUAUGAGGCCAAAAACAUAAUCUAAUUGGCUACCAAGUAAUUUUCUAAUAAAGAAUUAGAAUUCUUAUAGGAGUAAAGUUUAGAUUGUAAUCCUGGCCCAGGGAAAUAUGAUUCGACAGAUAUUGAUUAAAUGGGUUAGACUAUUUAUUCUCGAUAUAGAAGUUCUAGAUGCUAUAAAAUAGGUAAACAAGAACGAUUUGAAAAAAUAAGUAGUUAAGUAAAUUAUUUAGGAUAGAUUAGUCCAGGCCCAAAUACAUAUAAAUAAACAGAUGUUUUAAAUGAUUCUGGCUUAUAUUAUGAAUCAAAACAUCGAGGAUAAGGAAAACGGAUUAUAUGUAAAGAACCAAGACGAAGUUUUAUUGAUUUAAUCUAUUAAAAGAGUACUAAUGAUUAAAGAUAAUUAAAAAAAUCUAAUAGAACUUUAGAUUCUCAAGUCAAGUUAUAUGAAUCGGAAUUUUGA